AUGGAUUUUGGUGAUUCAAAACGUCUCAUUGUCGUCAGCAAUCGUCUUCCUGUGACCAUCAGCAAGGAUGCCGCCGGUGAUUAUCAUUUCAAGAUGUCCUCGGGUGGUCUUGUCUCGGCGCUAUCAGGCUGCAAGAAGUACAUGGCUUUCACGUGGAUCGGAUGGCCAGGGUUCUUCAUUCCAGAGAAAGACAGAGCUAUCGUAGACAAACGUCUCAUGGAGGAAUACUCUUGUCAGGCAGUGUACCUCGGGGAUGAGCUCGCAGAUCGUCACUAUAACGGCUUCUCCAACUCGAUUCUUUGGCCUCUAUUUCACUACCAUCCGGGAGAGAUGAACUUUGACGAGGAGAACUGGCUUGCGUACCAGCAAGCCAACUUGUACUUUGCCAAGGCGAUUCGGAAACACCUUCGUACAGGAGAUAUGGUCUGGGUUCAGGACUAUCACCUCAUGGUCUUACCAAUGCUCUUGCGAGGGAUGAUCCCUGGAGCAGACGAGUAUACGAGGAAGGAGAUUGAGGGUAUCACGGAUCGAUUAGGAGAAUCUGAUAUUCAGGAUGAAGUCGACUCGGAGGAUGUGCAUUCAAUAAAAAUCGGUUUCUUCUUGCACACCCCAUUCCCAAGUAGCGAAAUUUAUCGGAUCCUUCCUGUACGACGAGAAAUUCUGCUCGGUACUCUUUACUCAGAUCUCAUUGGGUUCCACACCUACGACUAUGCCCGCCAUUUCCUUUCAUCCUGCACCCGCAUUCUUAGUCUACCCACCAUGCCCAACGGCGUCGAGAUAGCUGGUAGAUACGCUCAGGUCGGCACGUUCCCAAUUGGGAUCGAUCCUCAACAAUUCGUAGAUGGUGUGGAAAGGUCUGAAGUCAAAGCGCGAAUUGCAGCCCUGGAGAAGCGGUUCGACGGCGUUAAGCUUAUUGUUGGAGUCGACAGGCUGGAUUACAUCAAGGGUGUACCCCAAAAGAUGCAUGCCCUAGAGGUGUUUCUAACGCAACAUCCAGAAUGGAUCGGAAAGAUCGUCCUGAUUCAACUCGCCGUUCCUUCACGACAAGAUGUGGAAGAAUAUCAAAAUUUGCGGUCGACCGUGAACGAGCUCGUCGGCCGGAUCAACGGUCGCUUUGGAACUGUGGACUUUAUGCCCAUACAUUUCAUGCACAAGAGCUUACCAUUCAACGAACUUUGCGCAUUAUAUGCAGUUAGCGACGUGUGUCUCGUUUCAAGCACUCGAGACGGCAUGAACUUGGUUUCGUAUGAGUACAUUGCUUGUCAGCAGAAGCGUCAGGGUGUCAUGAUCCUGAGCGAGUUUGCGGGCGCUGCUCAGAGCUUGCACGGAAGUCUGGUUGUCAAUCCUUGGGACAGCCAGCAGGUUGCAGAUGCUAUCUAUGAGGCUGUCACGGUAUCUCCCGAAACACGGAGGGAGAAUCAGAAGAAGCUAUUCAAGUACAUCUCGAAGUACUCAUCUGCUUAUUGGGGAACCUCUUUCGUAAAAGAGCUUUCGCGGGUUCAACUGAUUGACACCUCGACACACGUCCACCCGAAAGCUGAAACAUUCUUUGUCCCCAAUGGCGAAGCAGAUCCCGAACACGAAGGCCAGAAGUUAGAGCAUGGUGCCACUGCCGUCUAG